AGAAGGGGGAGUUUAUGGGCGUUGGGUAGCGUUCUUGCGCUGCAUGAGACCUCUUCGUCCAGGCCAACGAGGUCGUGGCCAUUGCACCGACCUUCGACGAGGACUUCUCGGUUCAAAUUGCAGACCGCAUGCGGUUCGCUCUAUUCAUGUGUACCGAUCCCCUCGUAUCUGUCAAGCCGGUUGUAUCUGCAAAGAGAGUGAUCACCAACUCCGAUGUCCAGUUUCGCCUCAACUAUGCGUCAAUCACGCUCGACAUCGGCCACGAAGGUGAGCCGGAAUACGAGCCCAACAACUCGGACAUCUUCAUGUGCUUGGUGACCCAGUCACGCGAGGAGUUUCUCUACCAGACACGCAAGAUUGCUCUGGCCUUGACUCGAUCCCUUGUAGGGUUCUUCAUCGUGCUGGUCGCCGGGCUUCCCAGCCAACAGCCUGACCCUGACGUCAGCUUCAAGACCAGUGUCUUGCAGGGAGACAAUGUCUGGCCUAGCGUUGAGGUUUGCUUGCUAUUCUACCAACGCCGCGACUUCGACAGGUUCAAGACGCGUGUUCGUGAUGGCUCGAAUUUCGAUCACUGGCAAGAGGACUAUCAUUUCAUGCGCUUGCUGGAGGCUAAUGGAAUGCCUCUCACCUCACCUCCUGAGGCCUACCUCCGCUUUCGAGCCUGUGUCAAGUCGAUCAUCAAGAGAUAUCGUUCCCUCAACAGUACCCCGCGCGCCAUGGCUGGUCUGCUACACGAUCGAUUCAACAAAAUCCGCGUUCGCGACAUCACUGGGGCCAUCGAUAUCUUCUGCGAUGGCACCAUAACCAGUCUGUCGACGGGUGCAAUGUACGUGGGCUGCGUAAUUGGGGGCGGUGCGCAAGGGGCGGAGAUGAUCUUUCAUGCUAACGCCCGUGAUCGUCCGUACUAUGAAGACGGGCUCUUUCGCAUCGCGUUGUAUCAGUGACGGUGAGGCUCCGGUGUGCAUGAACAUCUGUAUAGUAUGAUGUCUCGCAGAACGAAUUUGUAUUGUGGCUAGCUCGACUCUACAGGUGGGAACAAUGCUUGGUCGCGGUGGGUCGGCACCUAUCUGGGGAUAUUCGUCGCCGACCUCCUACCCGCCGACGGCAUCGUCGUAUCGGUGAAAACCAACAAGAUCGAGGCCGAUGAUAGCGCCAUGGUCCUCUCAGACGCUGCAGUGGCCAUCCA